CCAUCUAAUGCAAGAAUGAAGACCAUUCUCAGCAAUCAGACUGUCGACAUUCCAGAAAACGUGGACAUCACUCUGAAGGAGCGCACAGUCAUUGUGAAGGGCCCCAGAGGAACCCUCUGGAGGGACUUCAAUCACAUCAAUGUAGAGCUGAGUCUCCUUAGGAAGAAGAGGCGGCUCAGGGCUGACAAAUGGUGGGGUAACAGAAAGGAACUGGCCACUGUCCCAACCACCUGCAGUCACGUUCAGAACAUGAUCAAGGGUGUUACACUGGGCUUCCGCUACAAGAUGAGGUCUGUGUAUACUCACUUCCCCAACAAUGUUGUUAUUCGGGAGAAUGGGGCUUUGGUUGAAACUCGAAAUUUCUUGGGUGAAAAUUAUAUCCGCAGGGUUCGGGUGAGGACAGGUGUUGCUUGUUCUGUCUGUCGAGGCCAGAAGGAUGUAUUAAUCCUUGAAGGAAAUGAUAUUGAACUUGUUUCAAAUUCAGCAGCUCUGAUUCAGCAAGCGACAGCAGCUAAAAACAAGGAUAUCAGACAGUUUUUUAAUGGUAUCUGUGUGUCUGAAAAGGGAACAGUGCAGCAGGCUGAUGAGUGA